UCAUAUUUGCCAAGUUAAACACACUAGAGCAAUUACUGCAUUAGGCUCACAAUUCUGUUCUUGCGAUGAACACUUACGGAACCGAAACCGAAAGUGUACGUGCGUCAUAUCCUUUUGAUAACUUCAGACUUCAAAUGAAGAUAGGACAUAUUUAUUUUGUACCAUUAAACAGGGCCUUACAAAAAGAAUGCGAAGAUCACUGGUGCAAUCUAUGAUGAGACAGGAGGGGAGUUCUGCUGAGACCCAGAAGGCAGCAUCUCCAGAACCCAGUGGCGUGUCAGUGAAGAGUGACAUGUCUAUGGGUGGACGGCCUGUGUUCAGUACUGAAGAACCCCCAAGUGACAAAAUGGGACUUUCUGACACAAUGCAGCAGACCGACUCAGCAGUAUCUCCAGAACCCAGCGGUGUGUCAAUGAAGAGUGACAUGUCUAUGGGUGGACGGCCUGUGUUCAGUACUGAAGAACCCCCAAGUGACAAAAUGGGACUUUCUGACACAAUGCAGCAGACCGACUCAGCAGUAUCUCCAGAACCCAGCGGUGUGUCAGUGAAGAGUGACAUGUCUAUGGGUGGACGGCCUGUGUUCAGUACUGAAGAACCCCCAAGUGACAAAAUGGGACUUCCUGACACAAUGCAGCAGACCGACUCAGCUGUAUGUCCUGAACCCAGUGGCGUGUCAGUGAAGAGUGACAUGUCUAUGGGUGGACGGCCUGUGUUCAGUACUGAAGAACCCCCAAGUGACAAAAUGGGACUUCCUGACACAAUGCAGCAGACCGACUCAGCAGUAUCUCCAGAACCCAGCGGUGUGUCAAUGAAUAGUGACAUGUCUUUAGGUGCACGGCCUGCAUUUAGUGCUGAAAUAAAUCCUAUAAACUUCAAUUUUAGUCAAAGAACAAAACCUUCUUACACCAGGUCAAACAUUGUGCCUCACCAACCAGUCUAUGAUGUCCUGCAGAAAUACAUAUGUCAACACAAAACAAGCAUGUACAACAAGUAUGAGAGCUUAUUUGAGGGAUUCAAACUACAAGAUAAUCAAACCCUCCUGAACAGAAUUUACACACAGCUCUUCAUCAUAGAGGGAGAGAGUGAAGGAGUGAAUAAAGAACAUGAAGUUUUACGAACAGCCAGAACUCAACACUUACAAGACACUCCGAUUUCCUGCAAUGACAUAUUUGAACCCUUACCUGAACCAGGUUAUAAGGAGAUGAAAAGACAGAGAAAAGACAAAAUAAAGACUGUUCUCACUAAAGGCAUCGCUGGAAUUGGAAAAACAGUCUCUGUGCAGAAGUUCAUUCUGGACUGGGCCGAGGGAAAAGCCAAUCAGGAUGUAGAUUUCAUGUUUGUGCUUCCAUUUCGAGAGCUGAACUUGAUUAAAGAUAAGCAGUACAGUCUUCACAAACUUCUGCUGGACUUUUAUCCUGAACUUCAUGAUAUGGACUCAAAGAUUUAUGAAGAGUGUAAACUUGUGUUCAUUUUUGAUGGUCUGGAUGAAAGCAGAAUUCCACUGAUGUUUUCAGAUAGUGAGAAAGUUUCUGAUGUGACUGAGAGUUCAUCAGUGGGUGUGUUGAUGUCAAACCUCAUCAAAGGAGAUCUGCUUCCCUCUGCUCUCAUCUGGAUCACCUCCAGACCAGCAGCAGCCAAUCAGAUCCCCUCCAAAUACAUCAAGCGUGUGACAGAAAUUCAGGGAUUCAAUGACCCUCAGAAGGAGGAAUAUUUCAGGAAGAGACUCAGUGAUAAGCAUCAAGCCAGCAGAAUCAUCUCACACAUUAGAAAAGCAAGAAGCCUACACAUUAUGUGCCACAUACCAGUCUUCUGUUGGAUCUCAUCCACUGUGCUUCAGAACAUCCUGAAACAAGAUGACAGUGCAGAAAUCCCUCAAACUCUGACUGAAAUGUACAUCCACUUCCUGCUCAUUCAGAUCAAUAUGAGGAAUCAGAAGUAUGAAGAGAGAGAUCCAGAGAAACUCCUGCAGUCCAACAGAGAAGUGAUUGUUAAACUUGCUGAACUGGCUUUCAAACAGCUGAUGAAGGGCAAUGUCAUGUUCUAUGAGGAGGACCUGAGAGAGAGCGGCAUAGACGUCACUGAUGCCUCAGUGUAUUCUGGGAUCUGCACUGAGAUCUUUAAGGAGGAAUCUGUGAUUCAUCAUAGGAAAGUCUACAGCUUCAUACAUCUCAGCUUUCAGGAGUUUCUGGCUGCUUUCUAUGUUUUUCACUACUACGUAAGUACAACUAAGGAUGCCCUGAAAUGUUUAGCUUCAGUACAUAAUUUGCUCAGAGGAGUUGUAGAUGAAGCCCUUCAGAGUGAUAAUGGACACUUGGAUCUUUUCUUGCGAUUCCUGCUGGGCAUCUCACUGGAGUCCAAUCAGAGACUCUUACAGGAUCUACUGACACACACAGAGAACACCUCAGAGAGCAUCAAGAAAACCUUACAGUACAUUAAAAACACAAUCAAAAAUGACAAACCUCUCUCUACUGACAGAUCCAUCAAUCUGUUCCUCUGUCUGCUGGAGAUGAAAGAUCAGACUCUGUGCAGUAAUAUUCAGGAGUUUGUGAAAUCAGACAAACACUCAGAGAAUAAACUCUCUCCUGCUCAAUGUUCAGCAAUCUCCUACAUGCUUCAGAUGUCAGAGGAGGUGCUGGAUGAGCUGAACCUGAAGAAGUACAACACAUCAGAGGAGGGUAGAAGAAGACUGAUACCUGCCAUGAACAACUGCAGAAAAGCUCUUCUUGCUGAGUCCAAUCUCACUGGUCAGCAAUGUGAAAUCAUGGUCUCAACUCUACAAUCAUCAAAGUCCCUCCUGAGAGAGCUGGACCUGAGUAACAAUGACCUGCAGGAUUCAGGAGUGAAGCUGCUCUCUGAUGGACUGAAGAGUCCAAACUGUGAAGUAGUGAUACUGAGAUUAUCUGGCUGUAUGGUGACAGAGGUCGGCUGUUGUUAUGUAGCUUCAGCUCUUAAUUCAAACCCUUCACACCUGAUAGAACUGGAUCUGAGCUACAAUAACCCAGGAGAAUCAGGAGUAAAACUGCUCUAUGAGAGACUCAAUGAUCCAAACUGCAGUCUGGACAAUCUCAGUUUGGACUAUGGAGAUCCCUGUAGGAUGAAACCGGGACUACAAAAAUAUUUCUGUGAUCUCACUGUGGAUCCAAACACAGCAAAUACUCAUCUUAUACUGUCUGAGGAGAACAAAAAGGUGACAUGUGUGGAAGAGAAGCAGCCAUAUCCUGAUCAUCCAGAGAGAUUUGAUCACAUUCCUCAAAUUUUGUGUAGAGAGAGUCUGACCGAACGCUGUUACUGGGAGGCUGAAUAUAGUGGCUGGGCUCGUAUAGCUGUGGCAUAUAAAGAAGUCAGAAGGAAAGAAGGGAGUAACAGUAUGUUUGGGCUCGAUGAAAAGUCCUGGAGUCUUUUCUGCACUAGUAAUGGAUUCAAUAUCUGGCACAAAAAUAAGAACAAAAACAUAUUUGUACCUUCACACCAAUGUCACAGAGUCGGAGUGUAUCUGGACUGGCUGGCUGGCAGAUUGUCCUUCUACAGCAUCUCUGACACACACAGACUCACACACUUACACACAAUACACACCACAUUCACUGAACCCCUUUAUGUUGGAUUUAUGGUUUCUAAUGAUUCCUCGGUGUCUCUGUGUCAGAUUUAAUAGCCUCUUGUGAGAAACGACAAAUAUGUUAUUUACUCACCUGAUUGUUUUUUUUUGUGUUUUUUUUUGUUUUUUUUUACAAUCGUACAAUAUGUAAAAAUGUUUUCAGCUGAAAUGUUUUUCACUGCUGUUUACUUGGGCUUUACAGAGACAGGUUUGACAUUUCAUGG